UAGGGGACGUUCUGUUGGGAGGGAGGAACACCCCUUUCCACUUAGAGCGCUUGCUUCCCCUUCGCCCUGCCUUGCCCUGCCUUGCCUUGCCUUGCCUGCAUGGUCUUGGAUGGAUAAACAACCACGGACGGGACAUAGCUUUGCGUUUGCGUAAUUAUUUUUCUAUUCCAAGCAAGGUCGCGGUAAUUGCUUGGACGGCGUCCAGCCGUGUCGUCGUGGGUUUCACACUCCGCCAUGAGUUUGUACGGGUCACAGAGAGCACUGAACCUGCCUAUGCCUCGCAGAGACUCCCGCAGCAGUCUCUCGGGAGGAGGCGGUGGAUCAGCAGGAGGAUACCCCGUAUACGCUCGCAGCGAGAUGGUCGGCGGUAAUGGAUACACGCAGGAGUUCGCGCAGGAGGGGUACUACACCUACUCCUCAUCCAAAGGAGGUGGAGGAGGUGGAGGACAGAGGACGAUGACCCUGAGUGGCCCCCAGCAGAAGGCUAUGCUGCUGCAGGAUCAGUGCCAGGAUGCACUACGCCGCGCUGAGAUGCUGCUGCAAAGCGGGGGUGACGUUGCGAGAGUGGAGCAGUUUAUGGGCGUGGCCAGAGAGAAGAUCGACCAGCUGAAAGGCCUUGUGGCUCAGCUGAGACAGAUGGGGCAGCCGGCAGACAACGUCAUACGGAGCGUGGAGCAGUGUAAGGAGCAUCUGAACAGCGUUCACAUGGCGAUGGGCAGCAGCCUGAAGCGGCGCUCUCGAGCCAGCAGGGGGAGCACCUCCUGGGAUGAGCUGCCCAGCAGGAGCUACCAGGAGGCCCUCGCAUGGAUCACACAACAGAAGCGUUUGAUAGAGACCAGUGCGUGGGGUGACGAGCCGGCCGCCAUUGAGCAGCAGCUGCUGAAACACAACCGCUUUCACAGCAGCAUCCAGCGCAGCGCAGAGGUGGACAGAGCCAGAGAGGAACUGAUGCAGAAAGGUGAUAAAGCAAGUCUGUACUCACUGGACCAGGAGUGGGACAGCCUUCAGAAGCGGUCCCACACACACACCCAGCAGAUGCGUGAGCAUCAGAGCAUCAUCGAGGAGAUCUCGCGGGAGAUCAUGUGGGUCAACGAGAGAGAGGAAGAGGAGCUGGUCUUCAACUGGGGACACCACAACAUCGACACAUACAUACCACGCAAGCAGGACAGCUACUCCAGGCUGAUGAGUGCUCUUGAGGAGAAGGAGAAGGAUCUGAACAAGCUGAAGCUGAAGGUCGACAAUCUGAUGAAGAACAACCACCCCGCCUUCGACAAGAUACAGGCUUACAUGGAAACCCUACAGACUCAAUGGAGUUGGCUACUGCAGAUCACCAAGUGCAUCGGAGUCCAUCUGAAGGAGAACGCAGCCUAUAGCCAGUUCUUUAAAGAGGCUAAUGAUACCUAUAGUCGUCUGCAGAAGGACCAUGAGAACAUGCGCAAGACCUUCAGCUGCAGUAAGAACACUCCCCUGCCCAACCUGAUGGAGCUGCUCAAGGCCCUGGAGGUUGAGAAGGAGCGUCUGUCUGAGCACAAGCAGCAGGUGGCUCACCUGACCAGCAAGGCCAAGCGCAUCGUGCGGCUCAAACCACGAAGCCCAGAGGAGAAGAGCACCAGCCCUGUCAUAGUGAAGGCACUCUGUGACUUUAAACAGGACCAGAAGGUGAUCUGCAAGGGUGACGAGGCCAUUCUAAAGGAUAACUCCCAGCGCAGCAAGUGGUGUGUGACGGGGCCUGGAGGUCUGGACAUGGUGGUGCCCUCCGUAUGCCUGCUGGUGCCCCCACCCAACCCCCUCAGCAUCGGGCUGGCCAGCAAGAAUGAGCAAUACUAUGAGGCGAUCCAGACGCUGUGGAGUCAGUUCUACAUCAACAUCAAGAGUCUGAUCUCCUGGCAGUACUGUAUCCAGGACAUCGGCCGCAUCAAGAACCUCACCAUCACCAUGCUGUACAAGAUGAGGCCAGAGGAGUACCAGAAUAUCAUCAUGAGUCUGGAACGCCAUUACCAGGAGUUCCGACAGCACUCACUGGGCUCACAGGUGAUCGGGGACGAUGACAAGAGGAGCAUCGAGACUCAGUACACCAACGCACAGCAGCACUACGACACACUGGUCACACAGUUGCCUGCAUACAGUGCUCAGCAGCAAGUGCUGGUCCAGGAAGAACAGCUGAAGCAGCAGCAGAUUCAAGAACAGCAGCUGAAGCAGCAGCAACUGAUCCAGGAACAGCAACUGCAGCAACAGCAGGAACUGAUGAGGCAGCAACAGCUGAUCCAGGAGCAGAAGCUGAAGCAGCAGCAGGAACUGAUCAAGCAGCAACAGCUCCAGCAGCAGCUUGCACAGCAGGCGGCCAUCAAAAAACAGGAAACCAAGGUGGUGAAGCAGGAAGUGAAGGCUCCCGUCGUCAGCUCCACCCUGCUGACGGAUCUGAGUGCGCUCAGACUGAGGCUGGAGGGGGCGGAGUCACAGCUCACUCAGUACCUGCACAUACCUGUGGGGCACACCUGCAGCGCACACCUGACACAACUACAGGGAGUGCAGCGUGAGGUGGGCGGCGUGAGAGGUGAGUACGAGCGGCUGAAGCUGCUGAUUCUCCAGGAGGUGAGGGGCAUGUCCGACGCAGACAAGGCCCAGUUCCUGCGCUCUGAGCUGGGACACAUCGACCAGAGGAUCAGCCUCCUGGAGGGCUUCUCCAAAGCCUACCUGGACAGGUGUGGGUCAGUGUGUACUCUGCAGCAGCUGGAGCAGCAGGUGGAGGACGUGGUGAAGGUGUACGAAGCUCGGCUGACGGAGCAGGAGACCACCAGCCUGGCGCCCUCUACUGUCCAGGAGGAACACAGCGCUCUGCAGGCCUUGCAGGCGGAGCUGCGGGAGAAGCAGUCGUUGCUCAGCGACAUGGAGGAGGAGCUUAAGAGAGCCCAGCAACUGAACGGCCUGGUAGACUCCGCCCUGCACAAGUGUGACGGCGACCUCUGCCAGCACGCCGAGCACGUUGGUCAGCUGUCCGACCGCUGGGCGCGCAUCCAGGGCCAGAUCGGCACCAGGAUAUCGGAUCUGGACUCGUACCUGGUUCUGCUGAAUCGGUACCUGCAGUCCAGCUCGGGCCUGAGCGACUGGAUAGACGUCACCAGGAAACAGCUGGACGUUGCCAGGGCAACCAAGAUCGACGACAUCGCCACACUAUCUGAGCACAACAGCAAGCAGAAGGAACUGAAUUCUGAGAUCGUUGGGAAGAGAGGGACUGUGGAAUGUGUGCAGAGAGAUGGAGACAACCUGGUCAAUGCCAUCAAGGACUAUGAGCUGCAGUUGGCCUCCUAUAGUGCUGGACUGGAGACUCUCCUCAACAUCCCCAUCAAGAGAAACCUGCUGCAGUCCCCCACACUCACCGUCACGCAGGAGGUUUGUUCGCUACAGACGCGCUACAUGGAGCUGCUGACCAGCUCUGCAGACUACUACAAGUACCUGGGGGAGAUGCUGAACAACAUGGAGGAACUCAAGCUGCGUGGCACCCGUAUCUCCCUGCUGGAGGAGGAGCUGGCGCGGCUGAGAGAGGAGCUGUCUCUGCGCUCGGCCGAGAGCCUGGAGCUCCAGCAGGCCAGCCAGAGGGCGACGGAGGCCCUGUCCCUCUCCCAGAGCCAGCUGCUCUCCCUGGAGGAGGCCAAGAGGAGCCAGGCCCUCAACCUGGACACCUCACAGGACCGCCUGGACGAGCUGCUCGCCAAGGUGAAGGCCCUGGAGCUUCGUCUGGAGGAGGAGGAGCACCUGCGCGGCCUGGCUGAGGAGCGCUACCGGGGCCUGAAGGAGGAGCUGGAGGAGGAGACCAAGAGGAGCCGCUCGCUGGCGGAGGAGGCCCGCAGGACCAGGAUGGAGCUGGAGAAGGGCCUGGCCGACAUGGACCGCGAGGCCGAGCAGCUGCGUCUCCAGCUACGCGAGGAGGCGCAGAGGGCCGAGGAGGCGCGCGAGGGACUGAGGGAGGUGCAGAAGCAGCACAGCGCCGAGCUGACGGAGGUGCGCCAGAGCUACGAGGAACACGUCAGCGUCACCCACACCAACGUGCUGCUCCUGCAGCAGCAGAAGGACGAGCAGGAGGCGGUGCUGGCCCGCAACAAGGAGGUGCAGGACGAGGCAGACCGGCUGAGGCAGGCCCUGGCGGAGGAGCAGGAGAGGAGGAAGCGGGCGGAGGAGGAGGCCCUGCUGCAGAAGAAGGCGGCGCAGGAGGAGCAGGGCAAGAGGAAGCGCGUGGAGGCGCAGCUGGAGCAGAGCGUGCUGACGGUGCAGGAGUACACGGCCACCCUCAACGCCCUGCAGAGGAGCCAGGAGGAAGCCGCCGCCGAGCUCAAACAGGCGUGGGAGGAGGCGCGUGCUCGGCAGGAGGAGCUGGAUCGUAUCCAAAGGGAGCAAGGGAGCUCCUCCCAGCUGGCCGACUCCCUGCAGGAGCAGCUGAGGGCCGUGAAGACCCAGCUGACCUCCUCGCAGGCCCAGACGCGCGACGAGGCGCGACGCAUGGACGAGCUACAGCGCCUGCUAGAGGAGAAGACGCGCCUCCUCAACGAGAGCCUGGCGGAGGUGCAGAGACUGCAGGAGCUCGUCGAGAAGCUGACCAAGGAGAGGCUGCAACUCGAGGAGGAGGUGCGGGUGCUGCGUGCAGAGCAAGGGGAGCUGCGUAAGGGUCUGACGACACAGAAGGAGGAGGCGGUGAGCAAGCUGAUGCUGCAGCUCCAGAACCUCCAGAAGACUAGCCAAGAGCAUCAGCGCCUCCUCAAGGAGGUCACCACCGAGCGGGACACACUCCGCCAGGAGGUGGAGAAACUACGGAAACAACUCAACACGAAAUCAGCAGAGCUGCAGCGCUCUGAGAAGCAGUGCAGUGAGCUGCGUGUCCAGAAGGAGGCGCUGGAGAGGAGGGUGAAGGAGCUGGAGGAGGAGCUGAGGAAGCUCCGCAUCGCCCUGGAGGAGGCCAAGAAGGCGCAGCAGAAACUACAGCAGCAGAUGGACACCUUGAAGAAAGAGGUGUCCGCUCGCGAUGCCGAGAUCAAGCGUUUCACCACGGAGCGGAGCGAGCUUGUGGCGCGGAUCAAGAAGCUGGAGGAGCGUCCCGGCGUCCGGCACACGCACACCCAGACCGACGCCCCGCUCCGCGACGCCUCCUCCAUCAUGUUCCAGGGCGUCUGCGCUCAGGUCAGCGCGCAGCAGCUGCACGACUGCGGCCUCCUGCGCCCGCCAACCUUCGAGCAGCUCGUGAAGGGCGAGCGCAGCGUGCAGGAAGUGGACGCCCAGCUGCAGCCAGCCCUACGGGGGGCAAAGGUCAUCGCCGGCAUGGCGGCAGGCCCCAGGGGCAAGAUGUCGCUGGCGGACGCACUGAAACAGAAGCUGCUGUCGCGCGAGAGCGCCCUCCGGCUGCUGGAGGCCCAAGCUGCGACCGGCGGGCUGAUGGAUCCCGCCAACCCCAAGGACCCCCGCGGCCGCAAGACGGUCGCAGAGGGCCAGGCGUGCGGCCUGCUGCCCCCCUGCUCCAACGAGCGCCUCCUGGAGGCCGAGACCGCAUGUCUGGGCAUACGCGACCCGGCCACAGGCCAGUGUCUGGGGGUGGGGCAGGCGCACCGCAAAGGGCUGAGGGACGAGGAGGUGACGCUGCAGCUCCUCCAGGCUCAGGAGGCCGUGGGAGGGGGAAUGCUGGACCCCCGCCUCAGCGUCUUCCUCCCCCGAGACCUGGCCACCGACCGCAGCCUGCUGGACCCGGACCUGUACACGGCGCUCAACGCCAAGCCGGACGCCUACUUCCUGCACCCCUUCACCCAGCGGCCGUGUUCCUACGCCGCGCUGCAGGCCAUGUGCACGGCCGACCCCAACACCGGGAUGCUGCUGCUGCCCGCGCCCAAGGCAGCGCUCGCCGUGCCGGGUCUGAGGGCCGACGUCCCCGUCUGGGAGCUCGUAGGUGUGGGUCUGCUGGAGCCCGAUGACCUGGAGCACCUGCUGGCGGGCCGUCUGCGCCUGGACGACAUCCGCACGCGUCUGCGCGGCUUCCUGCGUGAGACGGGCUGCAUCGCGGGGGCUCUGGAGCAGCCCGGCGGGAAGGCAGGCAUGACUCUGCUGCAGGCCGUGCAGAAGGAGCUUCUGGUCAAGGAGGCGGCCCAGGAACUGAUGGAGGCGCAGGUCGCAUGCGGAUUCGUCAUGGACCCACGGGAUGGGCGGGGCUACGCCGUGGAGGAGGCCCAUCGGAAGGGCCUGAUUGGCUCAGAGGUCAAGGGGGCGUUGCUGGAGGCUGAGAAGGCCGUGACAGGAUACAGUCAGCCAGGAGGAGACGCCACCCAGUCCAAGCUCAGCCUAUCAGAGGCCCUGGAGCGCGGGGUGGUGGAGAGGGCGUACGGCCUGCGCCUGCUGGGAGCGCAGCUGGCCACCGGGGGCAUCGUAGACCCCUGGCUGAGCGUCCGCGUCCCCCCAGACACCGCCGUGAAGCGCGGCCUGCUGACCCCUGACCUCCGCCAGGCGCUCGAAACACAACAGGGAGCCACGGCGACCAGCGGGGGCUUCCACGACCCCAACGACCCCAAGAGCCAGACGAUGCUCAGCUACGGUCAGCUGAUGCAGCGCUGCUUCAAGCCCCCCCAGAGUAGCGAACUGCUGCUGCUGCCCGCCUCCUCGCUCUCCAGCCAGAAGAACACCGUCAGGAAGAGACGCGUGGUCAUCGUGGACCCCGACAGCGGCCGCGAGAUGACCGUCAAACAGGCAUACGAGGCCAAGCUGAUCGACUAUGAGACGUAUAAGGAGCUGGCCCAGCAGGAGUGCGAAUGGGAGGAGAUCACCAUCACCGCCCCCGACGGCACCAAGAGGCUGGUCAUCGUGGACCGCACGCAGGGCGUUGAGUACGACAUCCAGGAGCUGCUGGAGCGAGGCGUCAUCAGGCAGUCCCAUCGGGACCAGUACCGGGCCGGACACAUCACGCUGGCCCAGUUCGUGGAGGGCAUCGAUGAGGCGCUGAAGACCAGCGCCAGCAGAACCUCCUCCACCUCCUCCUCCUCCUCCUCCUCAGCAGCAGCAGGAGCAGGCAGCAUGCAGAGCUCCACCGCGUCAGGAAUGGGCAUUCAAUCCCAUGUGCAGAGCUCUAACACGUCAGGAAUGGGAAUGCAAUCCCUUAUGCAGAGUUCCACCUCCGCAGGUCUGCAGUCAUCCAUGCAGAGCUCGGCCACGUCUGGCUUGCAGUCCUCCGUGCAGUCGUUGUCCUCCUCCUCCUCCUCUGCCAGCAGGUCUGCUGGCGCCUCCUCUGCCGCCACCUCCUCUGCCACCCAGAGUGCUGCUGGCGCCACCUCCUCCUCUGCCACCAGGUCUGCUGGUGCCACCACCUCCUCUGCCUCGGCUGCGGCUGCCUCAGGAGGAGCCUCAGGAGGAGCCUCAGGAGGAGCCUCGGGUGCCUCAUCCAGCUCUUCCUCCACUUCCUCCACCACGAGGAUCCAGUCCAUCGAGACCAUCGCCACCUCGUCUCUCGUCAUCAGCAGCACCACCAGCGGUGGCGGUGGCGGUGACAGUGGCGUGGGCGGUGGUGUGGGCGGCAGUGGCAGUACCCUGGGCAGUACCCUGGGCAGUACCCUGGGCAGUACCCUGGGCGUCUCUGGGUCCCUGGCGUCCGGCGAGCUGCAGGCUCCCCUCUCCCCGCUGCUCUCCCCCGGCUCCAUCACCCGCGUCUCCAGCAUGUCCCUCAACCUGGUGUCCCCGACCACCACCGCCGGCGAGCGCAACCCCGUGGGCGCCAUCUUCGACUCAGAGAACCUGGAGAAGGUGAGUGUGACGGAGGCCAUGAGCCGGGGCCUGGUGGACAACAUCACGGGUCAGCGCCUCCUGGAGGCCCAGGCGUGUACGGGAGGCCUGGUGUGCCCCAGCUCGGGCCGCCGUCUCUCCCUGCAGGAGGCGCAGCGCGUGGGCCUGGUGCAGGGCGAUGUCAUCAACCGGCUGCGGCCCGCCCAGAAGGCCUACGUGGGCUUCUCCGAGCCCCAGGGCCAGCGCCGGCUGUCGGUGGCCGAGGCGGUGAAGGAGCGCUGGCUGCCCCACGACGCGGGCCAACGCUUCCUGGAGUUCCAGCAGGCGACGGGCGGGCUGUGGGACCCCCAGGACGGCUGCCGGAGGAGCCUGGAGGAGGCGCAGACGCGGGGCUGGAUAGACGCACGCUCCGCACAGAAGCUGGCCGACCUGCGGCAGCACAGCCGCUGCCUGGUGUGCCCACAGUCACGCCUCAAGCUGUCCUACGCCGAGAGCCUGGAGAGGUGUCUGCUGGAGGAGUCCACGGGGGUGAUGAUGAUGCCGGCCGUGCGUGCCAGCUCGGCCGCGGGUUCGAGAUCGGGCUCGCGUGCGGGGUCGUGCGCGGGGUCGCGGUCCGGAUCACGCCGGGGCAGCGUUGACCUUUCGUCUCCUGGCGCCGCGGGCUCCCCGACCUCCGUCUACAGCAGCUUCACCUACAGCUCCAGCACAAGCUCAUACACCACCAGCUCUUAGAGCGUGCACACACACACACACACACACACACACACACACACACACACACACACACACACACACACACACACACACACACACACACACACACAGCAACUUCACAUACACCUCCAGCUCAAGCUCAUACAACACCAGCUCUUAGAGCACACACACACACACACACACACACACACACACACACACACACACACACACACACACACACACACACACACACACACACACACACACACACACACACACACACACACACACACGCACGCACAGCAGCUUCACAUACACUUCCAGCUCAAGCUCAUACACAACCAGCUCUUAAAGCACACACACACUAUCAGCUUGUAAAACACACACACACACACACACAAACAGCUCGUGAAACACACACACACACCCACACUCAUACACAACUAGCUCUUAAAGCACACACACACACACACACACACACACACACACACACACACACACACACACACACACACACACACACACACACACACACACACACACACACACACACACACACACACACACACACGUGUGCAUGUACACAUGCACAGACACAGACAUACAUGCUGAGGCCAUAUAUUAAAACAAUAUUUGACAGCCUACAUUCAGUAGGCAGAGGCAAACUUCUAUACAGUAUGUUUUGCUUCAUUUGGUUGGACCCUAUUGGCUCUCUGCCAAUAUAACACUACAGUCCAGGAGCUUCUAACAUGCUUAUCACACACACUUGUGCCUUUGCUUCAGAACAUUAAGGGGUAAUAAGCUUUUAAAACGUAUGUGCCUUCAGUUAACCAAUAUAUUAACCGAACGAUUUAAUGUGGUGGCGAAUGGGGGACUGGGUUGUGGUGAAGUUUCAAAUAACGUUAGGUGACAGAAAAUGCAGUGCAGUAUUUUUCACAACAAAAAUAUUUGUUAACCAUUGAAAAUUGUGAAAUACGUCGUGAGGAAAGUGCAGGGCAAGUGUAAAAUUGUGUGUGGGGUUUGUAAAUUGGGUAUUGUCUGUAUGGUGAUGUUAAAGGAGAGGUUUGGGGUGGAUACAUCCAUUUCCCUGUUGUUUUAAGUUAGCAGCACUGUUUGAAGGGAAAUGCAAUAGAAAAGUUCAUGUCCAUCGAUUGAAUAACGACCUAGUAGCCCUCACGCAUGGGUGGGGAACCCAUGGCGCAUUGGGGCCGUUCAUGGCCUGUGAGGCCGUCUCAUCCUACUCCCCCGAUAUAAUUUUAAUGUUAUGCAGUUUCACAUGAAAUUUGACAUGCUUUGUAAAGCAAUCUUGGAAAUUACCUUUGCAAUACAAUUCCCUCCAAACUUCUCCUUCGGUGAUGAUUAUGGUACGGUGCAUGUUACGGUGAAGGCUGGGGAAGUACAGAACUACAUGUUUCCUACAGAACUCCUUUGUGAUGCUGUAGGCUAUUAUUCCCUGUUCCCUCAGGACUGUUCUGGACUCUGUUUCUCGAUUCUUGUCGUUGCUAACCGUCUUAAGUCGGUCUUGAGUUGGUCGUAAGUUGCUCUUGAGUUGGUCUUAAGUUGGUCUUCAGUUGGUCUUUAGACGCAAGACCAACUUAAGAACAACUUAAGAACAACUUAAGACCAACUCAAGACCUUGGUUACAACGUUGGUCUUAAGAACGAACAAAAUGGCUAAAGUCGUUAGCAAAGGCACUGUCGAGAAACGACCCCCUGGUUAUUCAUGUCAUGGAUGUUUUGCAUACUAACUUUUCAUUUU